AUGCCAAAAGGACAACAAAGAAAAAUUAAAGGUGCAAUAUGUAAUGUACCAGUUGAAUGUAGUCAAAAAUGCAAUGUUCUUCCCAGACCACCUGACAGAUCUGGGAUAAUUUUACUUAAAUUAAAAAGGAAACUUCAAUUUAGAGGUCAUGUUUACUUCCAAGCAGUUCGCCCUCAGUUUGUAAUUAGUGCAUUAAACUGGCUUGUAGCAAACAACCCUUUAUAUAGAAACGUUGAAAUUCAUUGUGACAAUAUUAGCUCAGACUUAACUAAUUUGAACUGUCCUGAUACUGAUCAAGAAAAUAUAGAUGAGCCAUUACAAUUGCAAAUUAAUGUAAAUAGAGAACUGUGUAAUGAAGAUGUUGAAGAACAAGAUGAUCCAUUAAAUGAACACCGUUCAGCAGCAAGCGAAACCUGUCUUCAGUCCAUCUUGCCAAAUUAUCCUGUUAACCUGGACAAUACAAACUGUAAUUCAACAGGUAGAGAAGUUUUCAACAUUGCACCAGGUGAAG